GAUAUAUCAUCGUCGAUGUCUCCAUUUUCCUAAAUUAUAGGAUCACGCUACUAGAAACUCUCUCUUGUAUGUCAAGACAUACUUUCACACCUGCUUCAUGUGACCUACACUGAAUGCAAAUAUCGAACAUCGAAUAAAAAUAAAUACUAUAAAUAAAAAGUUUCUUGUCACUCUUUUGCAAAAAUUUGGCAGUAGGAUACAUUACAAAGAAGUCACUACUUUACACAUUGUCAAAAUAUAGAAAUUUCCUCACUUUCCCCUAAAACACUCCGACCUCUCUACAGUCAUCGGCGCCGGCAAAGAAAUCAAUGAAUUGACCAAACUACCCCUCAACUCUUCCCUUAAAAUCCCAAGGGCAAAGUCGUAAAUUUCGCAUGGGCUAACGGAGAACAAUUCAACGGCCACCGGAAAACCGGUAAAUUGACCAAAUUACCCUUCAUCUCUUCCCAAAUACCCUUCAAACCCUAAGGACAAAACAGUAAUUUCGCAUGGGCGCAUCAUUAUCCAGCUUAACGGAAAGUGAAUCAACGGCGGCGAACGGUGGACGACCAAGUCUCGGUGACAUACCGGAAAAUUGUGUUGCUUGCGUUUUCAUGUACCUUACACCGCCGGAAAUCUGUAAUCUUGCUAGGCUUAAUCGGGCUUUUAGAGGUGCUGCAUCGUCAGAUUCCGUUUGGGAUUCUAAGCUUCCGGUGAAUUAUCACCAACUGCUCGACGUUUUGCCUCAGAGAGAAAAUUACGAGUGUGUUAGGAAAAAAGAUAUUUUUGCCGCUCUUUCUCGUGGUGUUGCGUUUGAUGAUGGUAAUAAGGAAGUAUGGUUGGAUAGAAUUAGUGGAAGGAUUUGCAUGUCUAUCUCCACGAAAGCGAUGUUGAUAACUAGUGGUGAAGACAGAAGACAUUGGAACUGGUUUCCUACUGAAGAGUCAAGGUUCCAUGUUGUGGCGUAUUGCCAGCAAGUAUGGUGGUUUGAAGUAAGCGGUUCAGUGAAGUUCCCCUUUCCUCCGGAUAUAUACACGCUAACAUUCAGGGUCCAUCUUGGGAAAUUUCAUAAGAGGCUUGGUCGACGUGUUUGCAAUUUUGAGCACACUCAUGGAUGGGAUUUAGGGCCAGUUCGAUAUGAACUGUUUACAUCGGAUGGGCAGCAUUCAGUGAGUGAGUACUCCAUACAUGAUAGCGAUCAAGAUGAUGCUAGUGCCUAUUUAAAGCGUGGCGGCAACUGGAUAGAGUACAAGAUGGGUGAAUUUAUAGUGAGUAGUUCCGACCCUGCUACUGAAGUUAGAUUUUCCAUGAAACAGAUCGAUUGCACACAUUCAAAAGGUGGGCUUUGUGUAGAUUCUGUAUCGAUUACCCCAAGUGAUCUGAAAGCGCGUAAAAGAAAAGGGGUAGGGGUCUCAACGCAUCAGUAAGUCUUCUUUUCUACUUUUCCUACUGCUCCCAGAAAGUUUUGGUUGGGGUUCCGUUAUGCGGCUUAUACUACAUAAAAGCAUUGUUUUUCGUGGAAGGAGGAUAGUCAUCGCCAUUUCUCGCUUUAGGUAUUUCCCUGUGUCCAUGUAUACCCUUGCACCCCUGUACUUGUGUUAUUUAAACUACUUUUGUACCGGCGUUUGAUUGAGCACAGAGUUUAAGAAAGGGUUUUGAAACUUGUGGGGUAAAACAAUCCUGGCGUUUUCUGUGGCUAUAAAUCAUCUCGUUAAGGGUCCUUCA